AUGCCUCCGAAAGCCAAAGCUAAAGAUGCAGCUCCCGUAGAGAGGCCUAUCCUUGGCCGUUUCUCUUCUCACCUCAAGAUCGGAAUUGUUGGGUUGCCAAAUGUGGGAAAAUCUACACUGUUCAACACUCUCACGAAGCUUUCGAUUCCAGCUGAGAACUUCCCCUUUUGUACCAUUGAGCCUAAUGAGGCACGUGUGAAUAUCCCUGAUGAGAGGUUCGACUGGCUUUGCCAGUUGUACAAGCCGAAGAGUGAGAUUCCAGCUUUCUUGGAAAUACAUGAUAUUGCUGGGCUUGUUAGAGGCGCUCAUGAAGGACAGGGACUUGGAAACAACUUUCUGUCCCAUAUCCGUGCUGUUGAUGGAAUCUUCCAUGAUAUUGAAUUCAUCAAAAAGAAGGUUGAAGAUGUCGAGAAGAGCAUGAAGAGGAGCAAUGACAAGCAGCUUAAAGUAGAACUUGAGCUCUUGCUAAAGGUAAAAGCUUGGCUGGAAGAAGGAAAGGAUGUCCGUUUUGGGGACUGGAAAACAGCUGAUAUCGAGAUUUUGAACACUUUCCAAUUGCUUUCAGCAAAACCCGUUGUUUACUUGAUUAACAUGAAUGAGAGAGACUACCAGAGGAAGAAAAACAAGUUCUUGCCCAAGAUUCAUGCUUGGGUUCAAGAACACGGUGGUGAUACUAUGAUUCCUUUCAGUGGUGUUUUUGAAAGGAGUCUCGCUGAUAUGCUCCCAGACGAAGCAGCAAAGUAUUGUGAGGAGAACAAAUUGCAAAGUGCUCUUCCGAGAAUCAUCAAAACUGGAUUUUCAGCCAUUAACCUCAUAUAUUUCUUCACAGCAGGGCCUGAUGAGGUGAAAUGCUGGCAAAUACGACGGCAAUCAAAAGCUCCUCAAGCUGCAGGGGCCAUUCAUACUGAUUUCGAGAGAGGAUUUAUUUGUGCCGAGGUCAUGAAAUUCGAGGAUCUCAAGGAACUUGGCAAUGAAACUGCUGUCAAGGGCGCAGGAAAAUACAGACAGGAAGGGAAAACUUAUGUGGUUCAGGACGGAGAUAUCAUUUUCUUCAAGUUCAACGUUUCCGGUGGUGGGAAGAAAUGA